GGCUCUGAAACUACUGACGACGCUUUUGACGUGGUGGCGGAAACGGUGACAGAGACGAGUUCCAGGAAAGAUCAAGUUGCCAUUAACGGUUCUAUAAAUUCUCACCCGGAUGUUAUUGUGUGGGUGUGUGGGCUGAACGGUGUCUUAUCUGGUAUAGUGAUCGGCUCGCGAGUGUAUGGUGAGGGUGGUGGUGUGCUGAUGGUGAUUGUAUAGUGACGUGUGGCUUGCAAGUGAGAUGAAACAGUGAGUUACCCAUUGAAACAAGUCUUAUAGGAAAGUUACUGAUUGGAUGUGCACUGUAUUGUAUUUGUUUGUCGUUGUGAAAAUAUGGGACAGCAAAGAAAGUAGGUGGUGUCUCUCUGAAAGUGCAUCAUAUAUCAUAUUAGACUAGAAGUGCAAUGAACAGCAACAUAAUUAAAGUCAGUAGAAUGUGUUUGAAAGUGACAUUUUCGACAGUAACGUGAAAGUGAAAGGGAAAAGAUACCUAACCAAGCAACCGUGAAACUUUUAAAUCAAUAAAAAAAACAUUAGCGGAAGUAUAAGUAAAUUUAGAAGCGCAAAAAGUUAUAGAGGUGUGAAUGUGUUUAUUAGACUUUUCUUUGUUUAUGUAAAAGUGAAGAAAAAGAAAACUAACAAACGAGACAAUUGUGAUAUUUUGUACAAUAAUAUACUUUCAUUUCAUUCAGUAAAGGUAGAAACUAAGUGUAAUUGAGAGUAUAAGGAUCCACACAUUACCGUCUCCUAAUUGUUUGAUAGAAGACAAACACUUUAGACUGAAAUUAAGGAAACACUGAAACACGUACAAUACCUCGAUUUUCUUUAACUUAACAACGCAGAAACUUACAUCAGAAAAAAAAGCAAGCGUGUGUUGAGACAAGCACUCGUUACCCUCCCAAUCCUAAGAGCCUGGGAGUCGAACACCUGCUCAGAGGGAGGGACGAACACCAGUCUGCCAGCCGAGAUAAACAAGUCGAGGCAAGAUGGACCAGUUCUUCAAGUUCGACAAAGGGUCGUUGAUGUCCAGUCUCCGUCGAGGGGCGUCACUGCGGAGGAUGUCGUGGCUGCCGCGCCGCCCCCACCUGGAGUGCAAGGCGUGGCUCUCCUCCCUCGACCUGCCGCAGUACGCAGAGUGUUUCGCGAAGUUCGACGGCGUGGAGGACUUCCUAUACUUCGACGAGGCCAAGAUAAAAGACUUAGGCGUGCGGAACUCGGCUCACCGGCUCAAGAUUAUGUCCUCACUCGAGAUGCUCAAGCAGAAAUGGGAGAAGAACCACAAACUCAAGACCGUCGACCCGAGUCCUCGCCGCAGCUACGUGGACCACCGAAACAGACCCCUGCCGGACCCGCUCGAGAUCACGCCCGAAGUUGUUCUGCGCUCCGACGAAGGCAUCCACAGCAGCCACAGGAGGAAUGCCAAGAAGCGAGAGGCGACCGUACUGAGCCCUUCUUCCAUCAUCAAAAUGUCGUUUGACCUUGAGAAGGAGGCGGCGGCGCAAGCGCAUGAGGCGGGGGAGCUGAAGAGGCUGCUGGAGUGGGAGCUGAGUCAGGACGCAAACGAGCUGAGCAGCCACGCCUGGUACCACGGCACCAUCCCCCGCGCCCGCGCCGAGGAGGUGGUGCUCAAGGACGGCUCCUUCCUCAUCAGGGACUGCAUCUCCCAGCCCGGCGACUACGUCCUCACAUGCCACUGGGCGGGACAGACGCUGCACUUCGUUAUUCAGAAGACGGUGGUGCAGCCCAACACUGUGUACGAGCGGAUACAGUACCAGCUGGAGGACGACGCCUACGACUCCAUCCCUGACCUGGUGCGGGCGUACGUGGGCGGAAAGAAGCCCAUCACGAAUUCUUCCGGCGCGCGCAUCGCCACGCCCGUCAACCGCACGCUGCCGCUCAGCUUCUACGCCUCAAAAUACGCUGUGCAGACGGCCCACACCUUCACCCACGGCACCCUCAGCAGACCCAUCACCCGCGCCUCAGACCCAUCGCCGGGAAGCACCGGCCUGGCGGGAAGCAUGUUGAGGCACCAGCACUCCUACAGCGGGCCGGUGGGCGUGGGCUGCACCUUCGUCCGGAGCCCCGCCCACUCGCCCCCCAGGAUGCGGCGGGAUACGGCGCCCACGCUGCCCUUCAAACCGCGCAGCAACAGCACCUCCAGGCCGCCCGAGGACCCACCCGAAGGAGCGGCAGGCACACCGGAAGAGAAAAGCUGCAGCAACGAUGGGGUGAUUGGCAGCCGACCUUCCGUAGAGCAGACCAAGUUUACCUCCCAGUCCCUGCCUCGCAAAAUGGCCCCAAAGUCCUUUUCAGUGGCUUCCGAGCAUGUCCCGGCAUUAGACAGUAGUACAGUACCUCAGGAGGGCCUCAAGACCCCUGAAAAGACAGCAGAGGAAGAGCCUCCACCUCCACCAAAGCCAUCUCGGGUUCCCUCGUUCAAGGUGAAGCCACGAAAGCCUCCCCAGCAAGCGCCUCUCGGUGAGCGUCUGUAUGCAGAAAUAGACGAAGCUGAUGAAGAUGAGACCAGAGAAAGGCCAUCUGCUGAUGAUCUCAAGACCCCCACCAGCAGCAGUGAAGCAGAAAAUAGCAUGAAAAACACUGAGGAUGGAAUAGGAGGCUCCGUGCUGCGUCACUCCAGACUCUCCGAGACCUACCAACCCUCAGGCUCUGACUCCGGCAAUGGGUCAGGAGACUCUGUACAGACCUCAGCCAGUGAUGCUCAAAACCGAGACAGUCAAGCCUCUUUCGGAGACAGCAGCAGCGUGCACCUGGAGGAGGACUCGGUUGUGGAUGAACCGGUGCUCUUCAGCAUACCAGAGCCCAUCUCCUCCUCAGCCUUUGAUCUUGAGAACUUCAGCACCCUGUUGUUGAACUCAAUUGAGAACAAGCCCCUUGAUACCACUGCCCUCAAGGGAGUGAAGAAUACACUGAUGGAGAGUGGCUCAAGAGUCCUGGCUUCUCAUCUAACACAAGUAGACCUCGAGCUGCUGAACGGUGUUGGAGAGAAUGACUUUGGCCUGGGAGUGACUUCAGGAAUUGAAUUAAUAACUCUGCCUCAUGGUGCUCAACUAAGAGCAGACCUGAUUGAGAGGACCGAGUGCUUGAAGUUGUUGGUGGCGGUGACCAUACUGAUGACGACUGAUCUGAAUGAACGUGCCGAGAUAAUCUACCGCUGGAUCCAGGUGGCUGUGGACACCAAGACGGCAAUGGGAAAUUUGUACAGCUUCACAGGCAUCAUGCUGGGGCUGUGUCUCCCGGAGAUCCAGCGCCUCACCAGUACCUGGCACACCGUGAGGCAGAAGUAUACAGAUUCUGCUUAUAAUUUUGAGUCCAAGUUAAGGUCAACCCUGAAGGCCAUGAAUGAGUGCACCAACCCCCAGGCGCCCAACACCACCAUCCCCCACCUGCUGCCCUUCCUGCUGCUCUGUGAAAGGGACCUUAAUGACAUCUAUGCAAUGCACAGACAUAGCUCAUCAAUACUACAGUGGGAGAGCACAGCCUCAGACUAUGGCCUGCAGAUGCUGGUCUCCCACCUUCAGGAAGCCAGAGUCGUCAGUCAAGACCUAAACCUCUACAGGCGGAAUGCUGAACACAUCCUGCCAGACCCAAACAAUCUCGAGGAACUCACCCUAGACAUGUUCCGCACAGAGUUCCACCUCAAGUUUCUGUGGGGAAGCAAAGGAGCAGUUGCAGGCACUGAUGAACGGCAUGCCAAGUUCUUGCAGGUGGUGGGGACCCUCUCGGAGCGGUGUGAACCAACCCCAACAGCGUCUUGAACAUCUAGUGAUUCCUCUUCAGUGCAUCAGAUACAGACUCCCACUGAAUUCUGUGCAAUAGGAUGAUUAUUAGUGGUGUCCAUCCUUAACACAUUUGUGAUAACUUUAAAAAAGGCAUGAAAUGGAUUAAUGUUCCAUUUCUAAAGGCCAAAAACUAAUCAAGUCAUUACAAGUGCAUGGAAAAGUUAUACAAAAUUUUUGUAUAUUUUCAAGCAUGCUCUUCCUUGUGUACUGUACUCUCAGAACCCUUGUAUAUUUAACUGAAGCAAACUAUGAUUCCACUUAGUGUAUUACAAAUACUUCUCACCUUUCUUCCCUGAAAUCCACAAAAGAUCUUGAAGGUCUUUGGAGAGAAGACCAGGCAUCUUGUUGCCUUCACUUCCCACGCCAUCAAGCUAGAAAGAUACUCAUCAUGAGACUAAGCAUUGAGGCAGUUUUCCCUAGAUGCUUACACACAACCGGUGUGAUGGCUUUGUAAUGAAUAACACAAUGACGCUCAGAAAUGGAUUGAGUACAUGGGAAAGCUUCAUUGCUAUCACAUAUUUUAACAUUUAUUUAUUGACACUGGCUUGUUAAGCAUCAUACUCUUGAUGAGUGUCUAACAAAAGGUGCUUUUGUUGCUGGUCAAGCAAUAUUUUCUGAAAACUUUAUGCAGGAAGUAUUGUGUUCCAUGAAAUUACAAGCAGAUGGAUGACAUUUAUAAUGAAAAGCUGUAACAGUUUAGAGGUGAAUGGGUGAGCAGGUAAUGAGUGAGUGAUAUUACUGAUUUAGGGAUAUCCUGUGUGGGUGUUUACACGUGUUUGUAAUGUGCAUCCUACAUAAGUUCUAGUCAAAGUAGUUCUAUGUGUCAUUUUGAGUAUGUAAAUAUAUGACUUUGUACUUAAUGUAAAUAUACCAAUGAA